AUGCGCGAGCAAUCCGAGGCGAUCUCCGCUGCGCAUCGCGCGCUGCGCCUGCUGAAAAAGCUCGGCGCAGAGCCGCAGCGCGAGGAGGUCACUCAGGCGGUGCCGGCGGCAUUGAGGGAAAGAGCUGGCGACCCAAAACUGGGCACUUGGCUCCUGUCCCGCAUCGGAGGCACGGGCUCGACCAAAGCUGCUGUCGAGCUGCUGCGCGUGCUGCAGGACUUCCACCUGCAAGGAAACGUCUAUCACUACAGCACUGUGCUAACUGCCUGUGAAAAGGGCAGUGCCUGGCUGACUGCCCUCAGCCUCGCGAGCGACAUGGCAUCGUGUGGUGUGAGACCAAACCAGCUGAGCUUCGGAGCUCUCAUCAGCACAGCAGAGAAGUCUGGUCUCUGGUCCUGGGGCAUGCACUUCUUGCGACAGAUGUGGUCAAGAUCGAUCGUGCCGGAUGCCAUCAGCUACUCUGCUGGCAUCAGUGCCUGCGAAAAGGGGUGCCAAUGGCAAGAUGCACUGGGCAAUCUCGAGUUAAUGCCCAUCGCUGGCCAGAAGCCCAACACACUCAGCUACAGUGGUGCUGUCAGUGCUUGUGAGAAAGCCAGUGGCAGCCUUUGGGCCACGGCAUUGGCACUGUCGGUGCUUCUUCAGCGCGACGUUGUCAGUCAGAGCGCUGUCAUCAGCGCCGCGGACAAGGCUGCCAAGUGGGACCUUGCUGUGUCAUUACUGGAGGAGAUGUCGCUGACCGCUGUGGUUGCGAACCUGGUUUCUUUCAAUGCUGCGCUAAGCGCUUGCGACAGACGGUGUUGUUGGCAAGCGGCCUUCUCCAUGUUCAACUCGAUUGCCUCUAAGACCCUCAAAGCGGACCUUGUCAGCUACAAUGCGGCCAUCAGCGCCGGCAGCAUUGGUCGACCGAGGGAUGCGCUCCGGCUUUUUCUUGCGAUGGGCAGUCGCAAGCUGCAGCCCGACGCAAUCACCUUCGCUGCCGCGGGGCGUGCCUGUGGAGCCUGCGAGCAGGCGAUGCCACAGAUUCUGCAGACCAUGGAAACCUGGCAGCUCCGCCUCUUCCGUGCCAGAUUUGCGUCAGGACGGUUUUGA